CCCAACAUUAACGUAUGGCAGUCUAUUCACAUCAUUUUGCAUAUUUCCACGAAAAUAGCAAAACAUUUGCGGACGAGAUAACGAUGAGCACGAUUGACGAAAAACGAGCUGCUUUCCAUCAGUAUCUUGCAUCCAGCGGAGUAAUCAGUGCGUUGAGUAAAGCUCUAAUCAAACUGUACGAAGAGCCACACAAACCGGAUGAUCCUGUUAAUUUUGUGCGGAGGCAUAUGGGUAGCGAAGAUUUUUUCAUAUUGGGUGAUGGAAAAGUACAAAAUGCAGAAGAAGAAUUGGUGUUAAGUUCAUUGUUAGAAAAGAAGGGUGAUGAAACCGAGGAAGUAACAGUGAUCGAUAAUGACGAAAUUAAAAUGGCCGAGUCAGAAGUUAAAUCAGAGGUCGAGCAAGUGGCCAGUGCUGAGGAAGAUGAUAAACCACCAGAGGAUACAGAGACAGCAAAUACUAAUGCGGUCGAAGGAACAGAAGGCGCCGACGAUAAGACAACUGACGAGGAGGUCGAUCAGCUUCGGGCUGAUUUCGAAAAAAUGAAAUCCAACGAAGAAUGCGAUUCGAUGCUGAAAAAACAUUUGACCGAUGAGAUCUUCGAGAAUUUGAGAAAUGUGAACGUGGACGACGGUGGUGUCAGCCUAGGCGACUGCAUCAAAUCAGGUUUGGAAAAUCAUGAUUCUGUGCUGGGUAUUUACGCGACAAAUCUGCAGUGCUAUGAUCAGUUCAGUGAGAUUUUCGAUCCGGUCAUCGAAGCAUAUCACGGUUUUGGAAAAGAGGCUGUCCAAGCGAACAAUGAUUGGGGUGACCCUCAAGCAUUUGAACUAUUCAGUGAAAAUGACGAAGUUGUGGUAUCGAUUCGCAUUGGAUGUACGCGUAACAUGGAAGAGUAUCCAGUUGUUUGUCGGAUGAGCGAGGACAAUUUGAACGAAUCUUUGGCUAAAAUAAAAACGACAACUGAAGGAUUCGAAGAUGGCACUAAAGGGACAUUUUACCUGAUGUCAGAUCUAACGGAGGACAACGAAGCUGAAUUGAAAGAUAUUGGUGGGCUCAUGGAUAAUACUGACAAAUAUCUAUCUUCGGCUAGUGUUUAUCAAAAUUGGCCGACAGGCCGUGGAGUUUUUGUGGCCGAUGAUAAGUUAAUGAUAAUCCAGGUCAAUGCAGAAGAUCAUCUCAAGUUCAUUGCAAGGGAAUCGAGCAAGGACUUCGGUAAAAUAUACCAACGACUUGUCGAUACUGUCACCCUAUUCGAACUCCCGCUCAUUCGGCACGAUAGAUUAGGAUGGCUGACUUUUUGCCCGUCAAAUCUUGGGACGUCGUUGAACAUUGCAGUCGAGUUAAAGUUGCCGAAACUACACUCAAAUCCUGACAAACUUCAAGAGAUCAUUACCAGUUCGCCGAUUCAAUUGAAAAUAACGGACAGCGGAGCAGAUAGCACAUACACAUUGACCAAUCAAACAACGCUGACCGAAUGCUCUGAAUUUGAAUUGGCCAAGCAGUUUUACGAUGUCGUUCAAGCGAUCAUUGAGUUCGAAACUAGUGCUGAAUGAGUAGUGAAUAAUUGAAGGAAAAAAAAUUAAUUCUAAAAUCUGACCUUCCACUGUUGCUUCUCCGAAUCGACUCGCUUCACAACUUUCACAAUUUUCACUUUGUUAGAGUCUUCGAUUUCGGACAAUUUAGCCGUCACUUGCCAUGAGUGCAAUACUUUAUCGUUGAUUUUGUGAUUCAAAUUCAAGUCAAUCUCUUUCAAAUUGAUGACCAGCUGACCGUCAAUCUGUGUAAAUUAGAAGAAAAAAAUAAAGAAACAAAAAUUUGUUGAAUUUUAUGUUAGUUAACGGAACA